CUCCUCAUGGAUCCCUGUCAGUCCUCUGCUCCUCCUAAGAAAGUUCGACGAGGGAGAAAUUCGGGAACUUACAGGGGUGUCAGAAUGAGGACAUGGGGCAAAUGGGUUUCUGAAAUAAGGGUUCCGAAGACUGGACAAAGGAUAUGGCUGGGUUCUUAUGAUGCUCCAGAGAAAGCAGCUCGAGCAUAUGAUGCUGCCCAGUAUUGUAUUCGUGGUGAAUGUGGGCAAUUCAAUUUUCCUGCUGAAAGAAGGCCCCAACUUCCUAGUGGUCCAGUAGAUGCCUUGUCCAAGAAGGAAAUAAAGGCUAUUGCCUUUAACUUUGCUUCGUCAAUUGCAUCAGUGUCUGCCUCUGUGAUAACUCCGGUGGAAAUGGUUGAACCAUCCUUGCCCAAUUUGCAGGUUUCAAGUGCAACUGGAAAUGCAGGUAAUGUGGAGGGUUAUGUUCCAGCUAGUGCGUCAGUACCAGAUUUAUGUUCAAUAGACAAUUUACAAUUGGAUGAUUUACUCAUGCUGGACAUAGAAUGGAUAGACUCCCUCUAGGUACAAGGUAUUUCAGGGUUUUGUUGCAGUAAUAGACAUGAACUGUUAUUUAUUCAGUGUGAACAUCUUUGUUGGAAACUGUUGCCUGGUAAUGAGAUCCCCGUUGAGGGGGAAGUACUUAGAA